AUGGACAGGGAUUAUGAAGUUGAUGGAUGUGAGUGCAGGAAGGAAAAUUCUCCGGUCAAAUUGAAGAGACCAUCUCAUAGACGGAAAAAAAUGGUGAUAGUAUCGGAGCCAGAGUCCAUUUGCAGCGAAAAGGAUGAAGAUAGUGAUAACUCUACAACAAUGCCAAAAUCAACAAGUAGAAGAGAAGAAAAUCUAGAUGUAACUGAAACUGGAAACAUUGCUGAAGAUGAAGAAACACCAGACAAUGACAAGGAAAUUGAAUUGAACGAAUCUGGGAUUAAAGCUUCAAGUGCAUAUGCAGAGGUAAAACAGAAGACAAUGUGGGACUUCCUGAAACCACAACAUUUCAAUGAUGUCAUAUUAGCUGCUCUGAAGUGUUCCUUUCUGAAUGCUGACGAUGUGGAAGAUUUGGUUGCACCAAGCGAUAGCAUCAAAUUAAAAUAUGAUAUACUAAGAUUGGUCAAUGGAAAAUGGGCGAUGGUCGUAAAACAAACAGGAAAUGAAAGUCAUCAAGAGGCUCAAGAUUCACAAACCAGAUUACUUCUGUACAACAAACGAAGAACUGGAGAACUUGAAGUCAUCAAGUAA